AUGGAGGAGCAGGGCCAGGAGAUGUCGGAGGCGCUGCGGCGGCAGCGCUCCCAGCACGAGUCCCUGGCUGCAGCCGCGCAAGAGACCCGGGACCGGCUGGAAUCUACGAUCACAGCAAUCCAAGGAAUGGAGGCGCAGAGGCACGACGCCCGGCUGCAGCUGGUCGAGGGCCGCGCGCGGCAGAACACGGAGGGCCUGGAGGCCCUGGCGGAGGACGUCCGGAAGCUGGAGCGGGGCCUCGGGCCGGUCGCCCCGGAGCUCUCCAGGCUCGGGCAGAGCAUCGAGCUCGCCCACGACCACCUCAGCGGCCUCGUCAGCGGCGUCGAGGAAGCUCGGAGAAAGAUCCACGCUGGGGAGGACGACAUGAUCCCGCUGAGGGGCGCGAUGGACGCGCAUGGCGCUGCCGGUCCGCCUGGCGCGGCGCUGCGUAUCGGCGAGUGGGAGUUCCACGGGGGCACGCCAGGGACAAAGAACCGGCAUACAGUGGAGGGCGCGGUCGUGCUCGCGGCGAAGGUCGUGACCUUGGACAGCGGCAGGGAGGAGACAGACGCCAUACGGCGGGAGAUCGAGAUCCUGCGGAUGCUCCAUUUCGUGGAGACUCCGGUGGAGCUGGUCCUCCUCACGCGCUUCGCGCCGAGGGGGGACCUCUCCGGCUGCGUGCCGCGGAACACGUGCGUCGAGGAGGCGGAGGUGAGGAAGCUGAGCAGGCAGUUGCUCUCCGCGCUGGCGUUCCUGAGCGGGCGCUCCAUAAUCCACGGCGACGUGAAGCCGAGCAACAUCUUCCUGACCGAGCUCUGGGGCGCGAUGAUCCUGCAGCUCGCGGACUUCGGGCUGUCGCGCCGCCUGCCCCCCGGGCAGACGCUCGUCCACCUCUGCCAGGUCCAGGGCUCCCACGGCUUCAUCCCCGCGGAGGUGAUCCACCGGAAGGAGCUGCACUGCGCCUCCGACCUCUUCUCCUUCGGCGUCUUCGUCUUCCGCUACCUCGGCGGGUACGACCCCUUCUACCCCGCCUCCAAGGUCACCGACCCGCUGCUCUUCGACGAGGGCAGCUGGCGCCACGUCUCCCCCGCGGGCCGCGACUUCGUGGCGCGGACGCUGGCCGUGGAGCCCGCCGCGCGCGGCACGGCGCGCGCCCUCCUGGAGGAGCACCCGUGGGCCCGCGGCCCCGCGGCCCCGGCGCCCCCCGCGGACGCUGGCCGUGGCCUGCGCUUCCACGACCUGGAGGGCGCCCUGGCGCUCUGGCAGAGGUGCUCGGGGUCCUGGCCCGCGGACGCGGACGCCAACCCCGGCAUCGCAGCCUGGCCAUGGACUGCUCCUGAGACGCGCCCGGCGCCGCUCGGCUCCUCCCCCCUGCUUCUCGAGGAUCUUGCUGCUCCCCGUCCUCGUCACCCUUCGACCUCCACCCUCCGCACCCUCGGCGCGGCAGGUGCCGCCGCGCCCGGAGGGUGCCAUCCCUCUCCGGCCUCUCCUUAGCUCUCCUUCCUUCUCUCGCUGGUUCUCCGGGCAGCCGCCUGCCCGGACAGAGCCUUGCAUUGCCUCGGUCGCGCUGGUGUCGUCGGAGCCAGCGGAGGGGGGCGGUGGCAGCGGGCAUGGGUGGCAGGGCAGGCCCCGAAGGUCUCACGGCAGCAGCCGUCUCGUGUGGCCGACGGGGGAGGCGCAGCUCGGCUUUCCGCGCUGGCCUCGGCGAUCGACGCUCUGCCCCACACCCGCACUUUGUAACUCCUGUGGGCCAAGGGUACAGGGCAUGGAUCACAAAACGUGGCCUCCAGAGGUCGGAUGGAAUCCAUGCCACCCGCUCCGUCGCCUCGUGGGGCAGGCUGGGCUCACGCACGCUCAGGACGGAUGUAAUUGCUCCAGACUGCUCUGGAACGCUCUCAGAUCUGGAGCGCCCUGGAACGGCGGCGGCGCCCGACGGAUUCCUGAGACCCGCCAGGUCUCAGAGAUUCCCGUUGUAUCUCGGUCCUAGUAUGUCUGCAUCCUGCCUUUGUUUUAUUUGGGCAGACCACCGAUCGCCUACUGUAGUAUUGCAUCGUGUUCCACUCUGGGACAGCAUCUGCACAGGGCCCUUGCUCCUCUCCAUGAUCUCUUUUCUUGCCCCGGUGCCAGCCGCAUUUGAACACGGGCCGCCAGCGUGUGGGCCGCUAGAUCUGAUCACGGAGUGAUCUUCUCGCAGUGGAUUUAACUGAGCGAUCCUGCGCAGUGUGUUUGAACUUCGCCGAUAGGAGAGUUGGGACGGGGGGGG